GUGAAACUAGCUGACUCACUUCACGUGGUGUAGACGGGUGAUAGUUUUGGGUGUUUCUUGUUUGGACUAGUCAUUAGAUAACUGAUAAACGUUCUAUCAUAUCCAGUUGAUCAUGGUGAAAUUAAUUGAAACUAAGAAUGAAUUUGAUGGUCUGMUAAAUGAUCCUAGUAAUAAAGACAAACUUAUUGUAGUAGAUUUUUAUGCUGAUUGGUGUGGUCCUUGCAAAAUGAUUGCACCUAAAAUUGUGGCCAUGUCUGAGGAUUUAAGCGGAGUGGUGGUAUUUGUUAAAGUGAAUGUUGAUGAGAAUGAGGAAACCUCUGAAGCAGAAGGGAUCAGUGCAAUGCCAACAUUUUUUUUUUAUAAAAAUGGAAAAAAGUUGGAUGAAGUUGUKGGAGCUAAUGAAACCAAAAUAAAAGAAAUGGUGGAGAAAUACAAGUAAAAGGAAUAAAUCUUUUCUCAGUUUAAGCGAUCUAAUAACGAAUGAAUCACCAUUUUGCAGACAUCUUUCAUAUGUUAAAUUGUGUGUUGUAAUUUUUAUUUAAAAGAAGCAAUAAAUUUUGGUCCUUUCUGGCAAAAUAAACUGG